AUGCUGAUGGACGAUAUGGGAUGGGGAGAUUUAGGGGUUUAUGGAAAUCCAGAAAAAGAAACACCAAAUUUAGAUGCUAUGGCUGCUGAUGGAAUGGUUUUACCAGAUUUUUACUCUGCAAAUCCUCUCUGUUCACCAUCCAGAGCAGCUCUAUUAUCAGGCAGAUUACCAAUAAGAAAUGGUUUUUAUACAGAUAAUGCUCAUGCUAGAAAUGCAUACACACCACAAAAUAUAGCAGGUGGAAUUCCAGAUUCUGAGAUAUUGUUUCCUGAACUUCUCCAGAAACAAGGCUAUAGAAAUAAAAUUAUUGGCAAAUGGCAUCUUGGACAGCAACCCCACUAUCAUCCUUUAAAACAUGGUUUUAAUGAAUGGUUUGGUGCCCCUAAUUGUCAUUUUGGUCCAUACAACAAUAUAAAUACUCCCAAUAUACCUGUUUAUAGAGAUGCUGAUAUGGAAGCAGUAACAUUCCUGCAGAAACAAGCCUCAAGUCAGCAACCAUUUUUACUGUAUUGGGCUGUAGAUGCUACCCAUGGACCUCUGUAUGCUUCUAGACAGUUUAUGGAUACCAGUAGAAGAGGAAGAUAUGGUGAUGCUGUACGUGAAUUAGACUAUGGUGUUGGUAUAAUAUUAAACCAGCUGAAAUCUCUAGGUUUAGAUAAUAAUACUCUGGUUAUAUUCUCAUCCGACAAUGGUGCUGCUACUUACGCCAAACAAAAGGGAGGAAGUAAUGGUCCAUUUUUAUGUGGUAAAGAAACAACAUUUGAAGGUGGAAUGAGAGAACCUACUAUUGCUUGGUGGCCAGGAAAAAUAAAAGCUGGACAAGUAUCUCAUCAGCUGGGUUCCCUAAUGGAUUUAUAUACAACUAUAAUUAGUCUAGCUGGUAUAGAGAAACCUACAGAUAGAAUUAUAGAUGGUAUAGAUUUAUCAGCCACAUUAUUUCAAAACAAUAUAGAGGAUAGAGAAAUAUUUUAUUACCGCGGUGAUGAAUUAAUGGCAGUUAGAAUGGGGAUAUAUAAAGCUCAUCUCUGGACCUGGAGUAAUUCUAUUCAAGAAUUCCAUGCAGGAACUGAUUUCUGUCCAGGACAAAUAAUAGAGGGAGUAACAACUCAUGAUCAGACUAACUAUACAGCCCAGCCAUUGUUAUUUAAUCUUGGUACAGAUCCUGGAGAAAAAUAUAAGAUAAAGCCUGAAUCAGCAGAAUAUAAACAAGUCAUGCCAAAUAUAAUUGCAGCUGUUAAUAAACAUAAGUCAGAAUUAGUGAAAGGAGAUCCACAAUUAAAUUAUUGUGACAGUCAUCUAAUGAACUGGGCUCCACCUGGAUGUGAAAAGUUAGGAAGAUGUUUAAAAGCAGUUCCAUCCGAUAGAAAUUUAUGUACAUGGCCUCACUGA